AGUGGUUCCGGGCAGGGGUUGGUAAGGUCGGGCCAUGGUGGGGCAGAGGUUGGGAAGAUGGCGUGGCGAGGCUGGGCGCAGAGAGGCUGGUGCUGCGGUCAGGCGUGGGCUGCGCCGGGGGCCGCCCGCAGCUGCGAGGAGCUCCCCGCGGCCCUGGCCCGGCCGCGGCUGCUCGGACGCAGGUUUAAUUUUUUUAUUCAACAAAAAUGUGGAUUCCGAAAAGCACCCAGGAAGGUUGAACGAAAAUCAGACACAGGAGCAAGCGGUGAAGCAUACAAGAGAAGUGCUUUGGUUCCUCCGGUAGAAGAAACAGUCUUUUACCCUUCUCCCUAUCCCAUAAGGACGCUUGUAAAGCCUUUUUUUUUCACCGUUGGGUUUACAGGCUUUGCAUUUGGAUCAGCCGCUAUUUGGCAAUAUGAAUCACUGAAAUCCAGGGUCCAGAGUUAUUUUGAUGGUAUAAAAGCUGAUUGGUUGGAUAGCAUAAGACCACAAAAGGAAGGAGACUUCAGAAAGGAGAUUAACAAGUGGUGGAAUAACCUAAGUGAUGGCCAGCGGACUGUGACAGGUAUCAUAGCUGCAAAUGUCUUUGUAUUCUGUUUAUGGAGAGUACCUUCUCUACAGCGCGGAAUGAUCAGAUAUUUCACAUCCAAUCCAGCCUCAAAGGUCCUUUGUUCUCCAAUGUUGCUGUCCACAUUCAGUCAUUUCUCCUUGUUUCACAUGGCAGCAAAUAUGUAUGUGUUGUGGAGCUUCUCCUCCAGCAUCGUGAACAUCCUGGGCCAGGAAUGACUGAAAUGUGCUUAUUUCUCAGGUGUUAUUUCCAAUUUUGUCAGUUAUGUGUGUAAAGUUGCUACAGGAAGAUAUGGACCAUCACUUGGAGCAUCGGGCGCCAUCAUGACGGUCCUGGCGGCUGUCUGCACUAAGAUCCCAGAGGGGAGGCUCGCCAUUAUCUUUCUCCCGAUGUUCACGUUCACCGCAGGGACUGCCCUAAAAGCCAUUAUUGCCAUGGAUACAGCUGGAAUGAUCCUGGGAUGGAAAUUUUUUGAUCAUGCAGCACAUCUUGGGGGAGCUCUCUUUGGAAUAUGGUAUAUUACUUAUGGUCAUGAACUCAUUUGGAAGAACAGGGAGCCUCUAGUGAAAAUUUGGCAUGAAAUGAGGACUAAUGGCCCCAAAAAAGGAGGUGGCUCCAAGUAAAACGAGUUGGACGACCCUGGUGCAUCUGGUCCUUGCUGCCGGGAAGCCCCAGGAACGCAUCGGCCCUGGCGUGACCACGUCUCUGCUCCUGCCUGGAAGACACCGGCUUCUGCUUUCCCAGAAUUCUAAACUGUGUCCUCAGUACAUGUCUCACUGGAAAGUGAACUCUGACGAUGUUGUGACAUAAAGGUUUAUACUCUAGUUUGUAAA